UUAUAGAAAUCAAUAAUUUUGUUUGUUUGAUAAAGCGGGAAGAAAAUUUCUUGUAUGACGUCAUCGAUAUAUUUAGGUUAAAAUUAUUGUGAGUAAAAAAGUGUGUUUUUUGUUGUUGUUUGUUUCUAAAUGGAAAAAGUAUAAGAAUGUCGAGUAUUAACGAUUAUCCGGAACAUUUGAAUCCUUUUUAUGAGGAUGAUAAUCAUAAUCGUAUACGGUUUUGGACUAAAACGAAGAAAUUAGUACGGUCGAAUAGUUUUAGUUUAUCAGGUUUUAAUGAUGGUUUCAAAGGAUUGCGAAAUUCAAUCCGUCGCAGUGUAUCAAGGUCAAGGCGAAAUAGUACAACUACAUCUAAAGAGUCAAGUCCAGUAAUGUUACGUCGGCAACUAUCACCACAAGAUAAUACUUCGACACCUGAAUAUGGAUACAGAACAGAACGAAUUAGAGACGAAUACGGUUUUGUGGUUCCUUACACCGAACAACACAAGUAUAUGUACAAAACUUCCAUAACACCAACGCCAAAAACAAAAUUUAAUUCCACGGGAGGUGGUGAUGAUUAUUUUUCGCUACCAAUCCGAUCAUCACGGUAUCGAUUUCAACCAGAGGCAUCGAGUACACCGCGCAAAGCGACAUCUGUAUGUGAUCAUCGUAGUAGUCAACAACCGUAUGCCUUACCUGGUUUAGCAACGGGUACGGCUCCUAGUACACCUAGAAAAACAUCUAUUAGUAGUUUAAAUCCAUUUGAAGAAGAUGACGAUAAUGAUUUGGAUGGAAGUAAAUUGUCACCAGCGUUGAAACGUACAUCUAGAAAUAGUACACUUAGGCGAAAGAAACGGCGAGCACCUUUGCCACCUUCUGCAAACCAAUCCCUGAAUGAUAGUGGAAUCCAGGUUUUAGAUGUGACAGAUCCUGUAUUUAAUACUUCCUUAGAAAUCACAGAAAAUGAUUUAACAUCCGCACAAAAAGCCGACUCCGAAGAAAAAAGUACCGUGCCUGAAAAUAAUUCUCAACAAAUCGAAUUAAUUUCAAGUCAAAUUGAAAAACUAUGUCAAGAUACUUUAAAAGAAGUAGCCCAAGAAGAUAUUAAUGGAAACACAGAAACAAUUGUAGAAAAUCAUGUGAAAAUUCAUGAAGAAUCAAUUGAAAAUCAACCUAAAAUCAAUACAGAAACAUCAGAUGGCGAAAAAACAGAGGAAAUAAAUGGAAAAGUUGAAGUAAAUUUAACAGUGACUGAAAAAUCAAUCGAAAUCAAUGGAAAUGAAGUCGAAGAGAUUGAAGUUGUUGUGGAGGAAAAAUCUGUGGAAAUAAAUGGAAAUCAAAUCGAAGAAACCGAAGUUAUUGAGAAGAAAACACCAAUAGAAAUUAAUGGAAAUGAAAUCGAGGAAACUGAAAUUGUAGUUAAUGAAAAACCAGUGGAAAUUAAUGGAAAUGAAGAAUUAAAAACGGUUGAAAAUCAAAUUAAAGCUGAUGAAAAUUCCAACGAAAAAUCAUCGGAAGUUAAUGGAAAUAAUGACGAACAAGAUAAAAAACUUGAAUUAGAAGAGGUUGUAAAUGAGGAAAACAUUGUUAAAGAAAAUGGCUUAGAGAUAAUCGAAUCAAAAGUUGAUAAAUACAUUGACGAUAGUACGGUGAUAUCAACGCCACAAUGUCCGGUAAAAAUUAUAAUUAGUACGCAUGACGAUCAAGCAUCACCAAAAUUAAGUGUUAAAGAUAUUGUUCGAAAUUUGGACGAACGUAGUCGAAAAGAGAGUUUAAAACAAGAAGAAAAAUUAUUUAUCGAUGAAAAACAUUUAGCCAAAGAGGAAGUUUUUAUUGAAGAUACGGAAACAAAUAAUAAUUUUGAAAAUGAUAUCCCAACGCCAGUGCCACGUGUGAAAAAAAGUGGUACUACAACACCUGUGAACGGUGAUAAUCAUAAAAUUGAUUUAACAACACCAAAUCCUAUUCCGAAACCGAAACGUAGUAAAUUAUUUUCAAAACUCACUAGUUGGAGUCUUAAAAAUUAAAUUAAAAAAAUCGGGUUGUGAGUUUAUUUAAUUGAUUUUUUACAGGGUGUAACAGAAAGAAACAAAUAUCUAAUUCCUGAACUGAACACACUGUAAAAUAAUAAUUAUAUAUACACUCCGCAAAAAUAAAAACGCAACAAUUUUUUUAGCGUUAAAAAUAAACUAUGUUUGCAGCCACGUAUCUUUGUUAUCUUUGAUACCUUGUUGGGAUAAUGGUGUGGAAAUUUGAAAACAAAUAUUAAUUUUACUUUAAGGUAGUUCGGCUGUUUGAACAAGUACGAUGAUUGUUCAAUUUUUUGCGGCAGGUAAAAGAUCAAAGUCCCUUGAUCACAAUAAAGAGCCUUUUUGGGGGCCUCUUUGGGUGAAAAAAGUUUUCAUCAGGAAGAAAAUUUAUCACAGAUUCUGUUUAUGCAAAAAAACUUUAC